GGCAGUCAGUCACUCUCGUGUGUGUAGCGGCGCACAUGUUCAAUGUUUUGAUCGAAGAGAGUUUGAUGCGUUUAGAAACUUUGUGUUGAUUUAGUGAAUAUGGCAAAGUUAAUGUUAAAUAUGUUGCCUGUCAUGGACAUCGACGAUAAAUCUGGUGAUGAGCCGAGAGGAGUUAAACGAAAGAUUGCGCUGUCCUGCUGUGAGGUCUGUGGAUCUGAGGAGGCCAAAUACAGAUGCCCAAACUGCAUGAAACACACCUGCAGUUUGGCCUGUGUAAAGCGGCACAAGAUGUUAUCUGGAUGUCGUGGUGUUCGAGAAAAGGCGGCUUUUGUCCCACUCGCUCAGUUUAACGAAAUCGACAUGCUCAACGAUUAUAGGUUUCUGGAGGACACGGAUCGAUUGAGACAGCGGUCCAACAGAGACGCACUCCUGCACGCCAGUCGCCAACACCCGAAAGAGGGGAAGUGGAUGAUCAGGAAAGCACGAGCGGCCAAAGUCACCCUGAAGUUACUGCCAAAAAUUUUCAGCAAACAUCGUGAGAACCGCACCAUCUUCAGAAAAGCGGAAGGACGAUUGCACUGGCAUCUGAAGAUCCAUUUUCCUCAAAGCAAUGCAGUUUAUUCAGAGAGAUUUCCUGAUAACACACAGCUCAUUCAGAUUCUCAGUGGCUUCAUCCAUCCCUCAGCAUCAGAUCCAAUCAAACGCCAAAAGUUGAAAGUCUACGUUCACAUGCCUCAGGAGGACAUCAGAGUCUUUAUGAAGUCAGAGCAGACGCAACCAAACUCACUCAGGUAUCUCGAGCUGGACCUGAAGAAAAGUCUGGGAGAAAACCUGAUGUAUAAGACCGUCGUGGAGUACCCAGAACUCUUUGUGGUUCUGAAACGGCACAGCCAAGAGUACCUCACUCGCUCACUGGAGCAUUCCAAUACUGCCCAACGUGUGGCGGACAUCUCCAGAACUUCAGCUACCAAAGCAGACCCGCAUUCUGAAACAUUUGUGCAUGUGGCAAAGAGGUCAAAGAUCAUCUCGGAUGAUGAUGAGUUGGAAGAUGGAGAGAUCCAAAGUGAAGAGGAUGGAAGUGACAAGGAACAUAAUGGUGUCAAUAGUGACCUCAAGAAAACUGAGAAUAAGGCACCUGAAACGUAUCAAGAUGCUGGCAGUCAUGAUGAUGACGAAGAUCAUAAUAGUAAUGAGGAAGAUGACAGCAAUGAGGAAGAGAGGCAAGGAAACCAAGGCCACCAUGAUAGCCUCGAGUUGGACAUGGAGAUAAAGCCCAAGGACCCUCUUCCUCAAGACUAUACUGAGGAUGCAGAGCUAAAUGGCGAAGUCCAAAACCAUGUGGCAGCUGCAAUAAAUCUCAAGAGUAGAACUGAAGAAACGACAAUUGUUUCUCAUGGUUUUGGAGAUGUUUGUGGUCAGGCUGACACUGAGACACUGAGCAGAGUUGUUGACAGUUAUCAUGUUAGUUCCAGUUCUGGUGUUGAUGAUUCCGUCCAGAUCCAUACGAGGGAGUUUGAUGACAGUAACUUGCAAUGUGAAGGCAGUCAGACUAUUGCCGUUUCUCCUUAUGACUGUCAGCAAUACAUCAGUCGCGAAAGUCCUGGAGAUGGUUGUAAUAAGGACAGCAGUUACCAUAAUGUUGAUAGUCAUGACCAAGAGGGAAAAGCUGAGACCCAUUAUGGCUCUUGUCAAGCUUCUACCGCUAAAAGUCAGGGUUUAUCAUGUCCACAUACUGCUACUUGUGAGAGCGAAGGGCAGGAUAACAUUCAUGGUAGCGUGGGUAAAGGAAAUGCUAACAUUGAUGCUAGAGAUGGCCACAUUCAUACAGAUAUCCACUGUGAAGGUUCAAAUCAGGCUUAUAUCCCUUAUAGUGUAGGUUCAGGGAAUGCCAGUGAUGGUCACAUUUCUGUAGAUAUGUGCAGUGAUAAUGCUAGUCAGGCUAAUAUUUGUGAUAGCAUGAAUGGGGAAAAUGCUUUUGUUGCUAGUGACGGUCAUAUUCCAACAGAUAUCUGCUGCAAAAGUGCAAGUCAAGCUAAUAUCAGUGAUCAAAUAGGUGCAGAAAAUGCCAGUGUUUACGCUAGUGACUGUCACGUUCCUACAGAUAUCCACAGUGAAGGCCCUAGUCAUGCUAAUAUCUGUGAUACCGUGCAUGGAGAAAAUGCCAACGUUUACGCCAUUGAUGGUCACAUUCCGGCAGAUAUCUUAUGCAAAGGUGCUAGCAAGGCUAAUCUCUGUGAUAGCCUUCGUGCAGACAGUACUAAUGUUUAUGCUCUCAUUCCCACACAUAUCUGCAAUACUGAUGCAAAUCAUGCUAAUAUCUGUGAUACCUUGGGUGAAGAAUGCUAUCAAAUCCACGGUAAAGGGGCUGGCAAGGCUAUAGUCUGUGAUAGCGUAGGUACAGUCAAUGCUAAUGUUUAUGCUAGUGAGGGUCACUUUCAUGCAGAAAUUCCCGAUGAGCAUGCACAUCAAGUUAAUAUUGGUGAAAGCAUGAGUGCAGAAAAUGCUAAUGUGUAUGUUGGCAAGGGUGCAGAUAUAUAACAAUAGUGCAUUGAGGCUAAUAUCUGUGAUAGCGUGUGUGACGUUAGUGGUUAUGUUAGCAAUCAAACUGUCCAUGAACUUAGCAUCUGAUAAUAUGAGAUAAUACUAGAUAAUGUUUUAGAAAUAACAUCAGAUAAUGACAGACAAACACAAUAAUUGUUACCAAGGCAAUAACAGACUGUCUUGGUGACUGAUAUUGUUUAAGUUCUGAUAAGCAUUAUCAGAGAUGUCACAAUGUGUCACUGUGUUCAUGGAGACACACAAACUGACAUUCUACAUCAGACUGAAAAAUGCCUUGCUUUUGCUUAACUCUAUUGUGUGCAUUCUAAUGCCUUUGUUAUGUACCUGAGGAAAGAACAUUAAAGAGUUGCUAUAAAAAAAAAAUUAUGUUAUGUACUUCUUGCCAUGAUUUCCAUGAUAAACUUUGCAUUAAAAUCUCAUGCAUAACUUGUGUGUACCAUUAUGCACUGUUCAUCAUUGAAUCACGUUCCAGUUGUUCCUGGUCAAAAGUGACCGGAAACAAUAAACAUGUAAUUUUUUUAAUUGUUAUGAAAGAAAUGUAAUAACUCUAAAUUCAAUCAUGAAAAAUCACUAAAUUGUGCAUUUUGGUUGGGUUUUUGGGUAUUUAGACCUUAUAAUUUUUUUUAUUUUACUAACUUGAGCUUGAAAAUUGACAUUUGUUUAAUUUUUUAUGAAUAUUUUCUCAAAUACUGAACCAAUCCUCAUAAAUUAUAUACCGUUUGAAAGCUUAAAGUCUCAAGAAUCAAACUGUGCUGUCCAUUAAUAAAAAAUAAAAAUAAAAAAACAGAUGAAAUUCCAAGUAUAAACACUAGAUGGCUGCAGAGAGCUACUUAUUCUUCCCUGGAUGAAGAGAAAAGUUUAGCAUUUUGUUUGAUUUGUUUGAGGUUAUUUUUGCCAGUUUUUGCAUACCUGAAAUUAGUAGAAUAACAAGUAAUAUGUAAACUAAUUUAUCUCAGGUUUUAACAAGGUGUGUGUGUGCAGCAUUGUAGAGGUGUUAUGGUCUCCCGUUAAUUUUGGUGUGUGUGUUCUGCAUUGUGGUUUAUUGAUAUUGUGGUAUUAUUGACAAAUUUACAAAAAAAAAAAAAAAAAUCUGUUUUAUAGUCUAACCAGUUCAGUUUUUUGUGUGUGUGUGUGUUUUGCACUCUUGAUGUUUGGUAGUCUCACCCCUUCAUGUCUGUUUUUUAGAUGUUUUUAGAUUUGAUAAAUCUCAGAUUUUUAGUGUUUCCCAUUCAUUUCCUACGGCGGUCACUUUUGACCGGGAACAGUAAAAGUGUAACUUCUUUGUUUUUCUACCACUUAGACUGAUCGAAUCAACUCCAGUUUCUUUGUGUGAGUUUUAGAGCUGCACGAUUCUGGAUAAAUUAGAAUCACAAUUUUUUGCUUAGAAUAAAGAUCAAUUAUUCUCUCACGAUUCUGAAGAAAAAUGCUUAUUUCAGUGAUUUGCAAAACCUGGACAUAAGGGUAUUAAACAAAGUAACAUAUAAUUUACUAGAGGUUCAGACAAAAUGUUCUGUGCUUCAGUCUAUGCAAAAAUGCAAUGAAGUGUUAAUCAAACAUAUAAAUGUAUAAUGUCCUAAGUCCACACAAGGGGGCGCAACAAAUACCUUAUAAACCAAACAGCACCUUGUGAUUAUUGAAAAAAUAAAUCCUGUUAAAAAGCGGCAUAGUAAAAAAAAAAAAAAAAAACGAUUUAACCUGUUUCUCGCAUGCUGAGUAAAAGGCAAAACGAGCAGAAAAAAGCUUCAUUAACAGUUCUGUUAACUUGGUAUUGCACUUGUAAGCAAAUAUGCAAUAAAACACUGUUAUUUUACAAAAGUUUUUUUAAAUAUUAACAAUUUAAAUUAAAACAAUGAGGCCUUCAGUGUUUCUCUUGUAAAACUUGCUUCAAGCUUGUAAAGGAAUUAUUCAAGAGUCAGUAAUUAAAUAGAGAACAGAGUAAACAGUGCUUUAAGUUUUUUAGCAACAAUAGCAAUUAAACAUUUAAAAAAUUAUAAUAUAAAACACUAAAAAAGUUUAUUUAAUGCAAAACGAAACUACUUAAAUACUUGACACUCUUUACUGUGUAAUAGAUCUACAUUAAUACUGAUUUGAUGCAGUAAGAAUGCCUGAAUGCCUAUAACAGACAGCAUGCAGCUUAUAUGCAUUUAGACAUCGCACAAAUCCAACAUUUUGAAGAAUUUGUCCCAUCUGCUUAUACAUUAACGGCUGUAUUUGCUUUAAUAUCUCAUCAAGACAGCACAGCUUUAAUCCCGUCUGUUCACACUGAUAAUUCAUUAACAGCUGUGUUUACAUUAAUAUCACCUAAAGAGGGGUAUUUUGAUUAAAAAGGAGUGCUGUAUUCAUCACAAGACACGAGUGCAUGUGCAGACACGUUGGCGUCUGAAUCGAGAUUGUGAUCUUUUAACGAUUAAUCGUGCAGCUCUAGUGUGUUUAGAUAUCAAAUGGAUGAAAAGUCACCAAGUCUCCUACUCAUCAGAUAAAGGAAACAAGUUUUAUAGACGAACCAAAAUUGAUUUCGGUCAAAAAUGACCGAACAGUGCAUGAGGGUUAAGACAGCCAGCGUGCUCUCAUUAUUCAUGAAAAACAUGCAAAACAUAUUUCUGUGUAAAGUGUUUGUAAUUUCAUUCUUGCAUAGAUUGUUGCCAUGUUUUUUAAAGAGUUGGCAUCUGUUUGUGUACUGAUGUGGAUGUGUUUGCAUGCCAUGUGCCUCUUGAAUAAACCAUGUUUCCAGCAUUAUGCCAUUACAAGGGGUGUAUGCAGGUCUUAACCAGAAUUCAAAGGGUUAAUCGAAGGGUUAACAUACUUUUUCUUGCAACUGUAUACUGUGCAGUGUAUUUUCUGUAUACAUGAAAUACUCGGAUGACCUGCUAUGUUUGCCAACAUGUGCAGAAUACUGUGGAGCGCCACUGUGGUAAAAACAUUCUGAUCUGAAGUGAUUGGUGAGUGUUUCAGUAUAAAGCAGGAAAAUAAAACAAUGGCUAGU